AGAAACUUAGAUCCGGAACUCAGUUCAUUUUUAUACUCCUAGUGUCUGGAUGUUAUCAAAGAUUUCAGUAGUUUUUAAAGGAAUCGGUUCGUGUUUGAUCAGCAGUAAAGGCCACACAACGAGGAGUUUUACCUAUAUUUUUUACCAACCAUGGAUAGCACGGCAGCCAGCGUAGUGUAUACGAAUUCUUUUUACGCUCUAAAUUACUCGGACACCCAGCAGCCACAGCCACAGCUGCAGAGUCAGCAACAGAUGUUCCACGCCAGCUACAUCGUCGGAACCACAUUGGGUUCUGGAUUAGGAUAUAAUCAUGCACCUGCCCCCAUUGCCCAGGCGAAUGCCGCUUCCGGUUUGAGUCCCAGAGGCAUGUACAGUGAUCUCUACCGCUACGAGGAUGGAAGCGGCGAUGCCAGCGGAUCCUUGCUUCUGGGCCAAGAGGAUGACCAGUUCUGUGAUGCAGAGGCAAUCAACUCGCCGAUGGCGAGUUCAGGCGAGUCCGUGAGCAUUGACACAGAGCAGGAGCCGGAACUGGAUCUUGAGAUGAACCAAUGUGAGAUGGUGGAGCAGGAAGAGAUGAAUGGAGAAAUGGAAAUGGGGGAAAUGGAGGAACUUGCAGAGGAGGUUAAUGGCGAGCAGAGGCCGCCUAUGUUACCCUGCAUGGGUGGCAACACAUCCUACAUGGUGUUCCCGCGCACCGCCGCCGACUACAUGCCUCGCCUGGCGCUCCCGCGGCAUAGUCCCUAUAUAAGCAUCGGUCAGGAGCAGUAUGUGAUCCAGGCGGAAACCGUGUUCGUGCUGGGCAUGCGCCUCAAUGUGACCAAGAACGACAUCAUCCUGUUCUUCGGCAAAGUGGGCAUUAUCAAGAUGGACGAGUCGACCAACAAACCGAAGAUCUUCGUCUACAAGAACAAGAUAACGGGGCGCUCCAAGGGUGAGGCCACUAUAACCUAUGUGAGUCCAUUCUCCGCACAGGCGGCGAUUAGUUGUCUGAGUGGGGCCAAGUUCAUGGGACAGCUGGUCACCGUCCUGCCCGCCUACCUGUCCACCCGGAGGGGCAGUGUCCGGUACAGUUAUCCGCGAGAGCUCAACGCGCCGGAGCACCAACGUCGCCAGCGGGCGAUGAAAUGGAAGCCGGCCAUCGACAAUUGGGUGUGCAUGCUCUGCCGGAACAGCAACUUCGUCUGGCGUUCCAGCUGCAACAGAUGCCAGGCGGACAAGGUGGUCGCUCCUCAGAAUAACGAGGGAAGUUCCUUGGCAGGAUCACGCGAAGAGGACGGUGCCCCUCGUCGUUGGCGGCCAUACAGGAGCGACUGGCUGUGCAAUAUUUGCUAUAAUUUGAAUUUCUGGUACCGGGCGAAGUGCAAUCGUUGCCACGCCCUGCGUUCCGAUGAAACGAAGAGUUCCGAGUCGACGGAGGAGGAUACCUGGGAGCUGCUUCUGAAUCCGCCCAUUUCAGAGUAGAAACAGUCCAGUCCACCUCAUUCUGUCUGUGUCUGUAUCUGUACGUGUUAUCUGUUUUGUGUAUCCGCAUAUAUUUGUACGAAGGACUCUUCUGCCUUCUGCAUCCUGCCCCUCCCGGACUUCUAAAAAUUUCAAGUGAUUGGAACGCAAACUGCGUCGUGAUAUCCAGAUGUAACUUCAAUUGAAUUGAAUCGAUUCGAUGCGAUGUCCAUGAGCUUGUGAGCCCCAUCCAAGAACAGCAAGAGCCAAGAACAAAAGACACCUAAAUUCCUGUUAAUGCAGGUCUUUGAGAAAGGUGUUUGAAUGCAAUGCCGCCACCAAAUGCCCGCCGAACCAGUCUUUGUCCCAGAGAUCCUCAGAUUGCGGGACAAUGCAACUUGCUGAAUGGUAAUCCACUUAAUCCGGGUAACUGAAUAUUUUACCCAGGCACAAAAGGCAACCGGACCCACCUGGCCAGCUCUAAACGUUUAAUGAAUUUAUUUACUUUCCCGACGCCCGCAGUCAGUGGCUCAGUGGCUCAUUGGCUCUGUGGAACUGCACUGUAAAUCGAAAUAUUAGUUUCAAUGAAAUCUAAAUUGUUUAAUAAAAUUAAUCUUCUAUUCAUUUA